CUCCUCUACCAUCUAUCCCUCUCGUCGUGGGUAUGGACCACAUCCAACUCAGUCACACCCUGGCCGACGCUUUCAACGCUCUAGCCGACGAGGUGCAGCACUUGGCCGAUCGCAAGACGGUCCUCGAGCAUAAGUUACGCUUUGCCCACGAGCAGGUGAGUCGAAUUUGCACGCAGCCUCUGACUCGACCCUACUGCCCGGCCCGUCUCCCAUCUCCAAACACGCGGUCCCGUUCAUUAAAUGCCCGAGACCGGACCCCUCGGAACGUCGCCCAAAGACAAAAUCAUGAUGAGAUAUCAUUAGCUCUAGAUCAAGAGCAGCUCCGUCUGCCGAGAUUGACAACUUUUUACACCUCUGAACUUUGAACUUUGGUCUUGGCGACGAUGACUUUUCCCUUCCAUACACCGUUUACUUGCGCUUGCUCUCCAUCACCACACGGCUCAACCACGGAUGCAUCAGCUAACGCGCCGCGGGCUCAUAUCAGUUUCAGUAUUUGGCCGACAAAUAUGCACCGGCGACGCCAGAAAUAGCCGAAACCCUGGCGAAGCUGCAGCUGCCGCCCCAUACCUCGGUCGACGAGACUUCACCGGUCCCUCUCCCGCAUCGUUCGUCGCCCCAGUCGCAACACCAAUUAGCUCUUGUCAUUCGCGACGGACGGCGGGCGGCCAGCCAGCUCGCCUCUCUGGGCGAAUCGAGCAAGACUACUGGCUCCAGCAGGGAAAGUCUGUCGCGCUCUACUCGCGACCACACGUCUAUGUCGACGGCUCUUGAACAAGAUUUCACAGUUCAAGGGAAGAAGGGCAAUCUGCAAUGUCCCUUCUCCAAGACGGCGGCGGGAGGUAGUGCCGAAGCGGCGUCUGGAGAGGCCCCUGCCACGGGUCAACAACAUCACGACGUGGAUGAUCCUAUCUGCAUGGCCAUGUACGAAGAGUCCGCGUCACAGCCGCCUCCGAGUGGCACCGGAGCCAGCAAAUGUCCCAUUCGCUUCAUGGACAGGCACUCACCUGAAGAGAUUGCACAUUACGUCGAGACGCACAAACACGAGCUGCCGCGCAGCCAUGAAGUGUGUCUGCGACGCUACCAGAAGAGCGAGGAUCAGAUGAAGAAGUUGGACUCCAAAUACGGCAACAUUGUAAGCAUGAUUGAGGGUCUUAGUCAGCUCCAUCAACCUAUGCUUCCCGAGGAGGAGCAACAGCAGCAGCAGCGUCGGCGCAGUGAUGUUGACCGGGCGUCAAACGAGCGCGUUGAGAACUGGGCCCACGCCGUGACAGCAACUGCCGCACCACAUGUGGACGAGGAACUGGUCCAGGUUGACGCCGAUCGCCAGAGCCAUUUUGAUCGGCCGCUCAAGGAAGUUCGCGUGGGGGAGUCGCCCAGUCGGCCUUGGGGCAUUUCGGUUCCAAUCUACGAGAUGUCUGGGCCUGAGAACGACCACCCCAGGUCGCCGCCUGCUGCGCCAGUUCGGAUACCAAGUCCGCUUCAGCCACUACAGCUACCAUCCAAGGGCGUUGGCAAGUGUCCUUUCGAUCAUAUCAAGCUUGCGGCCCUGAAAGAACUUGCGGCCGCGGCAAAAUCAGAGGAAAAGGCCAUCCCGGGACCAAGUGCCGCUGAUGCGGAGUCACCCUUCACAACGGGACGAGCGACCACUAAUUCUGUUCCUACUCCGAUUCCUCAGCCUGCGUUCAUCAAUCCUGCGGGGUUGAAAGAGAAUGGUGGUGGUGUGCCUCAAAUGGUCUUUACUGGACCCGUCUUCAUCGGGUACCCCAUGAACGAGGCUCUACAGUUCAUGAACCAGUUUCGUGGGAAUCAGUAACUUCCACACGGGUCUUCUUUGAUUUCUUUUUACUGCGCAGCGAGCUUUUCCCGCACAUUUUACCAAGGCGUGAUGUGUAUAGAUCACACGGCCUUUACUUUGAAUCAGCGACGGCGUUUGGAACCCGUAAGGGCAUUUUGGAACAGGGAAUCACUUUCAUUGAUGGGCAUAUGGAUCGAUGAUAGUUACUAUAAUGAUGAUGACUUGUAUCACAUGCGCCCAUACCUUCUUUUCUCCAUCUCUAUUGGCACUUAAUGUAUAUGAAGCAAUGCGCAGCCAACUAGCG